AUGGUAGAUAGCAGUGUAGAUAAAGAACAAAUUAAGCAAGUUAUUUUAUUCUUAGACUCUAAAGAGGUAAGAAUCGCUAUCAUUUUAACAAACUUAUAAAAGGCUCAAGGAUAAGCAUUGGAUAUUAUUUUAGCUUACUCAACCACUCCAUAGAAUAGAGAGCUCUUCCAUGGGACUGACAUUUGCAAAAUUUUAUUGAGAUUAUUACCAGAAGGGAACUCAGUGAGAAUCGCUUCAUGCCUAAUUAACUUCUCAGCUGACAAAGAUUACGUGAAGGAACUUAUUUCAUUGAAUGUUUCUACUAGAGUUUUCGAUUUCUUAAAGACAAAUGUUAAAAUGGACAUGAAAUCACCUGAGUAAACAAGUGCUCAUUUCCUUGAAGAUGACAACGCAUAUGUUAUAAGGGACUCCUCAAACUAAGAUAUUUCCUAAGCAAUUGAACAACUACUUAUGAUGCUAAGCAAUGUGACUAUUAAUGAAGAGGGAUAAAGGCAUCUGCUAGGAACUGGAGCAACAAAAGGGGCUAUUCUUGACAAUUUAUUCGGAAUGUUUUGCUACUUUGGUUCUAGUGGAAACUUCGAUUUCAUUUCGAAUGUCCUCUCAAAUGUUUCAGCAUUAAAAGAAGGAAGAAACUAUAUGCUUGAAAAUAAGAUGCUUCAAAAGUUAGUUGAGCUACUCAAGGGAAAUAAAAUCAACUCUCACAGAAGAAUUCAUUUGAUUGAAUGCAUCAGAAAUAUUGUUUUUGAGUAUGAACCCUAUGAAAAACUAUUUAUCGCAAACACUAAAAAUCUACUUGAUACCUUAAUGCUUUUGGCUAAUUCUGAGGAGUUAUUGAAAUAAAUGGAUAAGCUUAACUUAGUUGAGGCACUUGAUAAAGUUUACAGCAAAAAUGUUGAUGAUAUCGAAGUCCAAGUUUAAGUUUUAAAGAAUCAAAUAGCCUCGUUGGGCAUGCCUAAGACAGAAGAUGAUGAUGAAGAAGAGUGGAAAAAUGAUUUUGAUUGA